GGAUGCCAUUUUGUUUCCUUGUUACCGCUGGCUUGGCAGCGAUGAGACUGUUGUGUUAAGACCUGCCAAAGGACACCAACCCAGUUGCCCAAAAGACAAGGACGAGUCAGCUAGAAGGACGACAGAAGUUAAUUAGGUGGAGUGUGUAUGCUGAGAACCUGCCCCGGAUUAUCAAUUACGAAUCUGCCAUGCUUCUGCCAGAGAAACUCCAAUUCUCUUUCUCGAAGGAGACAGAGUUCUCCUAUACGGCAAGAACGCAGUUAAUUUAUCUGAAGCUCAAUGGAUUAGCUGACAACAGAGAAUCCUGGGAAAGCAUCGACCAGCUGCGCAUGAACCUUUGUGACAUCACAAACAAAACCAUUGAAUACGUUGAGGACCACUGGGACGAGGACGAGUUCUUUGGCUACCAGUUCCUGAAUGGCCUAAACCCCAUGCUGAUCCAACGCUGCUCAAAGCUACCCGAGAACUUCCUCGUCACCGAGGAGAUGGUCAAAGGCCUUCUAGGAGAAACCACCUUGAAGGCAGAGAUAGCGAAAGGGAACAUCUUCCUGUGUGACUACAAGAUGUUGGAUGGGCUUGUGGGAAAUGUAGUUGCUGGCAGGCAGCAGUACCUCACCGCUCCCCUGGUCCUGCUCUACUGCAACCCUCAGGGUCUGAUGCUGCCCAUAGCCAUACAGUUAAGGCAAAUGGUUGGACCCCAUCAAACCCCCAUCUUCCUGCCCACCGACCCCAAGCAUGACUGGCUGCUGGCUAAGAUCUUUGUGCGGGCAGCAGAGUUCAGCAUGCAAGAGCUUGACUCUCACCUGCUGAGAACUCACUUUCUGUCUGAGGUGUUUGCCAUGGCAACAUUGCGGAACCUCCCAUCCCCGCACCCUCUUUUCAAGCUCCUUAUUCCCCACACCCGCUACACACUCCACAUCAACAUCCUGGCAAGAAGUCGCUUGAUUUCCGACGAUGGAUCCAUUACCUUGAAUGCCGGCAUUGGCGGAAAGUCAUUGUCCGAGUUGCUGAAGCGUGGAACCUCCUCCCUGACCUACAGCUCCCUCUGUCUGCCUGAGAACAUCUCUGAGAGAGGCCUGGAGGACGUCCCCAACUACUACUACAGAGAUGAUGGCAUACAACUGUGGAACAUCAUCAACAAGUAUGUAACAGGAGUCUUGCAACAUUACUACACAUCUGAUGAGCAUGUGCAGAAGGACACAGAACUGCAGAGCUGGAUCAGAGAGAUUUUCACCAAUGGAUUCCUGGAAAGGAGCAACACAGGCGCACCUCAGUCUUUUCAAACAGUGAGCGAUCUCAUCAAGUUUGUUACCAUGGUGAUCUUCACUGCAUCCGCUCAACAUGCUGCUGUCAACAAUGGACAGUUUGACUUUGGCGGCUGGAUGCCCAACUUCCCUAGUGCGCUGAGAAAGCCCCCUCCCAAGGAGAAAGGCCAGACCACGGAGGACACCAUCAUGGAGACCCUGCCUGACAAGGGAACGACUGUGAACAUAAUGUCCAUCCUGAAGCUCCUUAGCAAAGAUUCUUCAGACCACUAUCCCCUGGGUAAAUUCCCUGAGCAAUGGUUUGUGGGUGAUGUUCCACACAAGUUCAUGAAGCACUUUAAUAAGGACCUGGAGAAGCUGAAACACCACAUUGAGAAGAGGAAUGCUGAGCUUGAGCUGCCCUACAUUUUUCUGAACCCCACAAAUGUGGACAACAGCAUUGCCAUCUGAAGAAUACUUUGCAUUCUGCUUUUUGUG